CCAAAAAGGGUUACCUAUAAAUGGAGGAGACCGUCUCGACAACCCCACAGUAGACAGAGCAAGACUAAAUCAACAAUGAUGUACCGCCUGCACGCCUUGCUGGCCUUGGCCUCCCUGAUUGGAAGCUAUGGAGCCGUUGGAGCCGACAUCAACAUCUGCUCGGGUGUGGUUAGCAAUUUGUUCUUGCCGCACAUCAGCAACUGCAGCCAGUACUACCUGUGCAUGAGCGAAGUGGCGGUGCCGCGGGAGUGCCCGCAGGGCUACUACUUCGAUGCCACCGAUCAGCAGUGCGUGGUUGUGGAGGAAGUCCGUUGCUUGCCCGCUUGUCCAGCCAAGGGUCUCUCAUCCUUCUGCUACGAUCGCACCUGCACCAAGUACGUGCUCUGCUUCGAUGGCACACCCGUGCUGCGGCAAUGCUCCGACGGACUGCAGUACAAUGCCCAGACGGAUCGCUGCGACUACCCGCAGUUUGUGGACUGCGUGGACAACCUGUGCGUCAGGCAGAACAAUCCCGCUGACAUUGUCUACAUAGCCAGCAAGUCGUUGUGCGACAAAUACUUUGUCUGCGUGGAUGGCCUUCCACAGGUGCAGAACUGCACCCGCGGCCUGCAGUACAAUCCCGCGACCACGAGCUGUGACUUCCCCUCGAAGGUCAACUGCACGGUGGAGACUCUGCAGCGCAACAUCCUGCCCUAUGCGAAGGCUCCGCCCCGAAGCGCCGGCAGUGUUUGCCCUGCCGAGGGUACUCACUUCUAUGCACACAAGACCCGUCAGGAUGCCUACUACUACUGCCUGAAUGGACGUGGUGUCACCUUGGACUGCACACCCGGUCUCAUCUACGAUGCCAAGCGCGAGGAGUGCCGCGAGCCACAAUUCAUAGCGGCCUAAGUCCCGCACAGAAUAAAAUAAAUUGCACUUGUCUUU